GUUAGGUGAGUGUUUUAAGCAUUUUUGAGCUGGGACUGCCGCUGCGGAACUGGCCUUGGGGAUCAUGGGCCAUGGGUGUGGACAUUCAGAAGGCUGAAGAGGAUGCUUUCAAGGAAACAUAGCUGAGGAGAGAGGACAAGCCUGAAGGCGCUAGCAAUGGAGCAGAAAAGGAGAAGAACGGCAUCUGAAAAGACAUCGUGCACAUGGUGUCGCAUCGGAUUCCUUGUCGUGUUGAUCGUGGUGGCCAUCACUGCACCAAUUUGGGCAUUCACCAUUGCUUCCUGCACUUCCACACGCCCGUGCCGCAUUGGCCAGAUGCUGACCAAUGUCGAGGCGCAGUGCGCUGAAGGUGGCGGAGCCAGAUCUGAGGAACUACUCCAUGGUGAUGUUUGCACCUUGGUAUGCGAUGAUCCCCGCAAAAAACCAACCAUUGCCGCUUUGCAGUGUCUUGACGGCAAUGCCAGUGAAUCUGAGAUUGUUCAGUGCAUGGUUCCACCGGACAUCGUAGGGCCAGUGGAUUUGCAACCGACCUUGGCAGCGAACGCCAUUACUGCCGGAGAGCCACGACUGGUAUGUGGUCUUGCAGCACGCUUCACAUGCGAGGCUGCGGCAGGUGCCACGUCGAUUCUGAUUCAGCUCGAUCGGCUAAGCAAAGCCAAGUGUGACGAGAUUUUUAGCGAGUGCCGGCAAACCAACCCAGUGUUCACCUUCCAGGAAUUUGUAAAGAGUGCUGCAGCCCUUGCCUAUGAAGCAGAUCCCAAUAACUUGACGACGCUUGAAGCCUAUUUGGACAAUCCUGGACGUUGCACACUGGGCUGCUUCGUGGAGCUCUUUUCGACUGAGCAGCUCCAAUCCAUGCAGAAUGAGAUUACCGUGGCCUCUUCACAGGCAAGUGGGGCGUUCCCAAUGGCGGCUGGUCAGUUUGCAACCUCAAGCUUUUGUGGUGACAAUCCAGGUCCUGCUUGUAUUCGAGUUCAGGGCUUCUGCGACCCUAGCCAGGAUGGUGACUACUACAAGCACCCAGUCUGUGUAUCCGGCCAAGCCCAGUGGUCAAAGAUUGAUGGCUCGCUCCGAAUUCGAUAUGAUGGAGACGAAAGGAAUGGGCAGGCCGGAAAGUGGGUCUUGGAAACGGACGUGGUUGAUUUGAUGGCCAGCAGCUACGGAACCGAGAUUGCACGUCAGCCGACGUUCAAUCCAACGCCAAGCUUAGGGGACACCAUCUGGAAUCUGAAAUGCAGGUAUCCCAGCAACGAUGGUUUGGGCAGCUUUUAUAUCCAGUACCGUACCAAAAUUGUGGAGUUGGUGUCCUGCACUUGUGAUUCCCAGAUUGACUGCAACGGUGCUGGCGUGGCAAUUGGGAGCAAAGAGAACGGCCCGAACUGUUUGUGCGAAUGCAGUCCAGAUCGUGCUGGUGAUUCGUGUGAGAUUCCUCUUUGCCAGGUACCAGGUGUGCAAAAUUCUCUUGAUCCUGCCUGCGAAGAGGGUAAUUGGAUCUACCCAAAUGGAGUUUGUACGCCGAGCUGUCAAGAGGGCUACCAGCCAAAUCACCCCAGCUUCACGUGCACUGCGGAUGGUACUUUUUUGCUCCCACUUGGCUUCACCUGUGACCAAAUCUGGGUCAACGAAGCUCCUGUUGACGAGUUUGGCAACACUCCAGAUGCCUACAAGGAAACCACCAGCACUACGCCGCCGGAAUGCUCCGAUUUCGAUUGCGUCUUUCAUGGGACAGCCACCGGCAAGCGCCGAGAGGAUGGCAGUUGCGAAUGCAAUUGUGACAAGGGCUACACUGGUCCUCAAUGCCGCUCCAUUGUAGGUGAUUGCCUCGCGCCGCUGCACAAGAACAUUCCAAAUUCUGCACUUUCCACCUGCGUGGAAGGUUCAAGACCAAACCUGGUUUGUACUGCACGUUGUGCGGACAUGUACUAUCCGGUGCCGGAAACCUUGGAAUGUCAAGGAACUCAGCUUGUUCCCGAGAAGUUCCGCUGCUUUGGAGGUCCAACAACAGAGGUUAGGUGGUGCCAGGCUGCACAGAUUACUUCGCUGGUGUUUUCUGGUUGCACCGCGCUGGGACUGAUCGUGGCAUGCUAUACUUUCCAGCGGAAUCAGGCGAGAGAAUUCCAAAACUAUUUGCAUAAUGACAAGUUGGUGGAGGGUGUCCAAGAUGUGCAUGGCAACUACAAUGUGGUCCGCAUGACGAACGGCACGGAAUACCACUCCAAGUUGCCAGAUCACAUUUUGGCAUUUGAUCCACGAGAACCUCCCAAGGAGGGCUCAGCCCAUGAAGAGGAAGAUCAUGACAAUUCCUCGACUUUGGUGCCCGAGCAUGGCUUGCCAAGUCUGCAAGAUGAAGGUACCUAUACCCCGGAGGUGCGACAUAGCAUUGGAGGUCUGCCAGGACAGGUUGAGGUGCUGGCCUUGAGUGGUCCUGGCAUUCGACGUGGGGCAGAGGUGAUUCUGCAAAACAUCGUCGGCCGACCGGAGCUAGAUGGAGCGCAUGGGUGGGUGUUAGACUACAGCCACGAGACUGGACUCUACGAGGUGGAUCUUGAGGGGGUGGAGAUCUUGAAGAUGAUACCGGAAUAUUGUUUGCAAGACGUGGAGUUGUCUGCUGAGCCUCCAGCCAUCAUGUCUGCUCCAGGCCCGGAAGCUGCGGACGCGAACUGGCUCGUGAGUAUGAGGGACUUGGAAAACAAGGUGGAGGCCAGCCGCCAGGAGCGCUACAAGAAGUUUGCCAGUGAGCAGACCAAAGAAGCCACUGAACGGGAGGCACGCGUCAAGGAGGCUCUCCAGGAAAGCGCUGCGGUGCGCGCGGAUUUGGAAGGCCGCCUGCGUAUGGGCUUGCGGACUGGCGAUGCAGAAAUGUUGCGGGAAGCCAUCGCAGAGGUUCACGAGCUCUUGAAGCAGCCCUACUUGGCAAUAGCUCCGCCUGCAUCGCUUAGCUCCCUGCAGCGAGUCUUGGAGACCGCAGAAUCUCGCCUGGAGCAAUUUGAUACCAUCAAGGAGUCACGACAGCGUGCUGAAGACUAUGCCGAGCGCGUGCGCACAGGGAAGGCCGCGGACUGGAAGAUGACCUCGGCGGAUCUCUUGCGCUAUGUCCAGGAGUGCAAUCCUGGGAAAGUCCAAGCAGGCUUGAAAGCACAGCUUCCAGUUUUCCUGCGCUCUUCCGAUGGGCAGCGCUUCACCAUCCUGCAUGAUGCCUGCCGGGACGCAUGCCUUGACGAGCCACGCAGUGAGAAGGCUCAGAAACGGAUUGAAGUUGUCAGGCUCUUGUGCGAAGCGAGGGCAAACAAGAAUGCGGUGGACAUGAAGGACCGCACGCCUUUGGAUUUGGCAUUGGAGCUGGGCGGGCCAAAGGCUCGGCGCCGCCCGAGCGUCCGGGAGCUCCGGAAGCUCGGCCUGCGCACGGCCGAAGAAGCGGCCAUGGAGAUGCGCGGAGAAACCAUCCUCGUCGACGAGGAGAGUGAGGAUGAAGAGUGUGAAGCAGAAAAGCCACAGGAUGAGCAUGACACUGCAAGUCACAUCCACUGGCAACGGCUUCCACACGGCAACGGCUUCCACCCUGCGGUGUCCCAGGCGCCGCCCUGCCUACGCGUCAGCUAGGCCACUGCUGGUGGAAGUCUUCCCAGAAGCAGAGAAGCUGGAUGAAGAGUCAGAGCCAACUGGCCCGCGGUCCUUUGCGCCGCCGAUACCAGAGGCAUCUCCAUCCCAACCUGACGCGGUGCACCCUGAGGAUGGAACCCCUGAAGCGACGUAGCAGCGUAGCAGUUGCAGCGGUGAUCCCAGCGAACAAGAGUAGAGAGAAAGGCUUGCCACCACACCAAAAUUCAACGCUCCCGACUCCCAACUCACAGAUACAAGCAUACUGUUAAAACUAUAAGC